CAUUCGCUCGGUAAUUCACAUUUUAACACAAUUUUUGUGAUGAAGAGGUCGCGGGGUUUGGCGUAUGUUGUGUCUUCAGUUUUGUUACUCUUGGUGUGCGGCGCCUCCGCCGGACUACUCGUUAAAAUUAACUUCUUCCCACCUGAAUCCAACACUACAAACACACUUCCGAACACUUCCAACACACUUCCGAACACUUCUAACACACAUCUGAACGGUUCUAUCACGGGUGUUGACGUAGUGAACCCAGUGGACUUGGACGUGAGUAAGAGAAGUUUAUCAAAUUUUAACUAUGUUGAGGACAGUUUUGGUGUCAAAUUUGUGGUUAAAAAGGGCUUUGGGAUUAGGAAAAUCUACGACUCCUCAAGGCCACACGAAGUUAUCUACAACAACCACCAGGAGUUUGCCACGCAAGUUUAUCUACACACCGACGAAUCCGUCAGAUCUCUCAUGAUCCUCACAAACCACAAAGCCCUACUCAGACAUUAUUCCACUCACCCUUUCCAUUCCCACAAUUCACACUAUUCACACUAUUCACACUAUUCACACAAUUCACACAAUUUCAAUAAUUUAACUAAUAUUAACAAUUGGGACAUGUCGAGUUUGAGGUUUUAUGGUCAAAGUGGUGAGGAAUUGGACCACAGCAAUUUUAGUCCAAAUCUGCACAAUCUGUCCUACGGCUAUGAUUUUACUCAUGGGGACUCUGAGAACAAAGUAGUGAAAAUAGUGUUAUCAGGAGAAGUAUUGUAUGAAUAUGAGAAGAUGAAAGAGUUUGGAGAGGUUAGUGGAGUUUACUUUAAUCCCCUCAAGUCCUCCUUCUUCCUCCUAAACACUGAGAAUACUAUGAGAGUACUUACCACUGGUACUGACACCACCACUACAAUAAGUAUAGUGAACGUGGUGGAAAAGGAUAAAACAGAGUCGCUCAAUAGUGAAUUGGUGAAGAGAGAAUUGGUAUUGGAGAGAGAAUUAGUGAGUAGAGAGUGGGGAGAGUUGUUGGAGAAGGGAUAUGUGGCGGAGUCUGGAAGUGUUUUUAGUAGUGUGUCGGACGGUGAGAGGAAGAUUUGGAGUGCGGAGGGGUCAGAUUACGCAGUUAAAGUAUUAGUUAAAGUAGUAGAAGCAGCAGAAAUGGUAGGCAUAAUCAUGCUCAACGGCACAUUCUUACUAUUCCAAAGGGUUAAUAAGGACUGGGAAAAUAUCACACAACGACUUCUAUACACACAUCUCACCAAUUAA